AUGCCUGUGGACACGCUGACUCCGGGAGCCCGAGACACCCCCGCCCUACCUUUCCGCCUACAGACCAAGGCCCCCGGCUCCCUGCUACAGCGGCCAGCAGACUGUGGAGCCCGGAAACCUAGUGCUGUAGAGCGCCUGGAGGCCGACAAGGCCAAGUACGUCAAGAGCCUGCAUGUGGCCAAUACCCGCCAGGAACCUGUGCAGCCCCUGCUGUGCAAACAGCCACUCUUCAGCCCUGGAACUCGCCGCACGGUGCUCACACCUAGCCGCCGAGUCCUGCCUGGCCCCGGCCGCCGGCCCCAGCUGGACCUUGACAUCCUGAGCAGCCUCAUCAACUUGUGUGAUAGUCCUGUGUCCCCUGCUGAGGCCAGCCGUACCCCUGGACGGUCAGAGCGGGCCCUCCAGGCUCCCCCAGCCACGCCCCCACGCCCACCACCCAGUAUUGCUGCAGUCCGCCGAGUGGAUGUCCUUCCCCUGCCGGCGUCACCUGCCCAGCCCUGCCCAUCACCAGGCACUGCCGCCACCUCUAGCCCGGCCCGGCCCCCAGGUUUGCAACGCUCCAAGUCAGACCUGAGUGAGCGCUUCUCCCGGGCAGCAGCUGACCUGGAGAGAUUUUUUAACUUCUGCGGCCUGGACCAGGAGGAGGCACGGGGAUUGGGUGUGGCCCACCUAGCCCGGGCCAACUCAGACAUCGUGUCCCUGGCUGGGCCCAGUGCUGGGCCGGCUAGCUCUGAGGGGGGCUGCUCCCGCCGCAGCUCUGCCACCAUCGAGGAGCUGGCUCGGGAGCGUAUCCCCUAUGGUGUGUCAGUGAUAGAACGCAACGCCCGGGUGAUCAAAUGGCUGUAUGGGUUGCGACAAGCGCGGGAGACUCCAGCAGCUGAGGGCUAG